UUACUAGUAAUUCACGUCGCCAUUCAGUUAGGGUGGUAAGGUGGUUGAUCGACAUGGUGUAGCCUAGGCCCUCUCGGUCAUCACACCUUUCGUGACGAAGAGUUCGAUUAUGCGACAACAAGCAAGGUUGAAACAACAACAGCAACGAUGAGUGACGCUAAAAAACCAAUUGAAGACAACGUACUGAAAUGUAAUGAUUUUGAUAACCUUAAAGAGCUUGUUAGUUAUUAUGACGAGACGGCAAUACAUUACGAUAAGUAUGUAAAGGAUGCCCGUGGCUACAUUGGACCAGAGGUUGCAGCAAGCAUCACAGCAAAGUUUCUCAAGUCCCAAGGCUUUAGCGAAGAUUGUAGAAUCCUUGAUGUUGGGUCAGGAACUGGGUUACAAGCAGAAGGGCUUGUCAAGCAUGGCUUCACCAACAUUGAUGCUCUCGACCCCUCUGAGAAGUCACAUGAAGUGGCUCGUAAAAAAAACCUUUACAAGAACUACAUUACAGAUUACCUGGAGCCUGGGAGAAAACUUAACAUCUCAGAUGGUGAUUAUGAUGCCGUUGCUUGUGUUGGUGUCUUUACGAAAGGCCAUGUGACUGCUGAAGCUGCUAUGGAUGAAAUGGUGCGAGUAGUCAGAGCAGAGGGUUUAGUUUGUUUUACUAUUAGAGAAGAUGUGAUGUUUGACACAGAGUAUGGCUAUGAAGCCAAAAUGGCUGAGUUAUGUGAAAAAAAAUACUGGGAAUUGGUCUCACACUCUUUAGAGCCAUACCAUUUGGCUGGUAACCUGGAAAAGUGCCACAUGUUUGUUUAUAAAGUAUGUAAACAUUAAUUUUCAUUCAACACUGAAAAAUAUGCCUUAUACCUGAUGAUAAUACCAUUUGUUAUUUUCAAUAAAUUCUAAUGAUAGUCUCUA